UUGCAGACUUCUGCUGGGAGGUUUGCAUCUCCUUUAUGAUGCUGGCAGCCAAUGACGCCCCGUGGCUUUAAGAGCCGAGGACCCCGUGUGUCUGGUCAGCCCGGCCUGGAUGCAGAGGAAGAGGCCAGUGGUGCUGUAAGCCGGCCUGGCCGCGGAGCGGAGCGGGCCCCGUGUGGCCCACGCGGCUGCCUGCUGAGGGGGCCCCUGCCCAGCCCCGCCUGCCAGACUCCGAGAGGCCGGAGGCCUAGGCCCACCAGGGAAGGUGUCUGCAGACAGAUGCUCCCCAGGCCGUGGGGUCUCCUGAGGGCACUGCCGGGCGGGUGGGCCUCGGGGGGAAGAUGCCGGCCAAGGGGCGCUACUUCCUUAACGAGGGCGAGGAGGGCCCGAACCAGGACGUGCUCUACGAGAAGUACCGUCUCACCAGCCAGCACGGGCCGCUGCUGCUCACGCUCCUGUUGGUGGCUGUCACUGCCUGCGUCGCCCUCAUCGUCAUCGCCUUCGUCUGCGGGGACCCCUCUGGACACCAGACUGUCCUGGGGACGACCUUCUUCACACUUGCUGUGUUUGUGGUUCUCUACGUGCUGGUUUAUGUUGAGUGCCUCGUCCGGCGGUGGCUCAGGGCCUCGGCGCUGCUCAUCUGGGUCUGCCUUAUGAUGCUGGGCUAUGUGCUGGUGUUCGACUCAUGGAUAAAGACAACCCACAUGGGGGCACAGGUGCCCUUCUUCCUCUUCAUUGUGUUCGUGGUGUACACGCUGCUGCCCUUCAGCAUGCAGGGGGCCGUCGUGGCGGGGGCAGUCUCCAGCAUCUCCCACCUCCUCGUUAUCGGGACUCUGAUGGAGGCCUUCACGACGCCCAGUGUCCAUGCAGGGCUGCAGCUGCUGGCCAACGCUGUCAUCUUCCUGUGUGGGAAUCUCACGGGCGCCUUCCACAAGCACCAGAUGCAGGACGCCUCCCGAGACCUCUUCACCUACACUGUCAAGUGCAUCCAGAUCCGUCGUAAACUGCGCGUCAAGAAGCGUCAGCAGGAGAACCUGCUGCUGUCGGUGCUGCCCGCCCACAUCUCCAUGGGCAUGAAGCUGGCCAUCAUCGAGCGGCUCAAGGAGCGCGGGGACCGCCGCUACAUGCCCGACAACAACUUCCACAGCCUGUACGUCAAGCGGCACCAGAACGUCAGCAUCCUCUAUGCCGACAUCGUGGGCUUCACGCGGCUGGCCAGCGACUGCUCCCCCAAAGAGUUGGUGGUGAUGCUGAACGAGCUCUUUGGCAAGUUCGACCAGAUCGCCAAGGCCAAUGAGUGUAUGCGGAUCAAGAUCCUGGGCGACUGCUAUUACUGUGUGUCGGGCCUGCCCGUAUCCCUGCCCACCCAUGCCCGGAACUGUGUGAAGAUGGGGCUGGACAUGUGUGAGGCCAUUAAGCAGGUGCGAGAGGCCACAGGUGUGGACAUCAGCAUGCGUGUGGGCAUCCACUCGGGGAACGUGCUGUGUGGUGUCAUUGGGCUGCGCAAGUGGCAGUACGACGUGUGGUCCCACGAUGUGUCUCUGGCCAACAGGAUGGAGGCGGCUGGAGUCCCUGGCCGGGUGCACAUCACAGAGGCCACGCUGAACCACCUGGACAAGGCGUAUGAGGUGGAGGACGGGCACGGGCAGCAGCGGGACCCCCACCUGAAGGAGAUGAACAUCCACACCUACCUGGUCAUCGACCCCCGGAGCCAGCAGCCGCCCCCGCCCAGCCAGCACCUCCCCAAGCCCAAGGGGGAUGUGGCCCUGAAGAUGAGGGCGUCCGUGCGCAUGACCCGCUAUCUCGAGUCCUGGGGGGCCGCACGGCCCUUUGCACACCUCAACCACCGCGAGAGCGUGAGCAGCAACGAGACCCCUAUCCCCAACGGACGGAGGCCCAAGGCCAUUCCCCUGCGGCGCCACCGGGCCCCUGACAGGAGUGCAUCCCCCAAGGGCAGGUCUGAGGACGACUCCUACGAUGAGGAGAUCCUCUCGGCCAUCGAGGGGCUUAGCUCCACGAGGCCCUGCUGCUCCAAGUCUGAUGACUUCUACACCUUUGGGUCCAUCUUCCUGGAGAAGGGCUUUGAGCGAGAGUACCGCCUGGCGCCCAUCCCCCGGGUCCGCCACUAUUUCGCCUGUGCCAGCCUCGUCUUCGUCUGCAUCCUGCUCAUUCACAUCCUGCUCUUGCCCAGGAUGGCGGCCCUGGGUGUGUCCUUCGGGCUGGUGGCCUGUGUGCUGGGGCUGGUGCUAGGCCUGUGCUUUGCCCACGAGUUCCUGAGGUGCUGCCCCGCCCGAGGGACACUGCAGGCCAUCUCCGAGAGGGUGGAGACCCAGCCCCUGCUGCGGCUGUCCCUGGCCAUCCUGACCAUUGGCAGUCUGCUCAGCAUCACCAUCGUCAACCUGCCGCUGAUGCCUUUCCCGGCCCUGAGGCAGCCUGCAGGCAACCAGAGCUUGGCGGAUGGGGAUGUGAGCAGCAGGGAGCUGGCCCCGUGCGAGCUCCUCCCGUAUUACACCUGCAGCUGCAUCCUGGCCUUUGUCGCCUGCUCCGUCUUCCUGCGGAUGAGCCUGGAGCUGAAGGUGGUGCUGCUGACGGUGGCCCUGGUGGCCUACCUGGUGCUCUUCAACAUCUCCCCGUGCUGGCAGUGGGACUGCUGCAGCCACAGCCUGGCCAACCUCACCAAGACCAACGGCACCCUCAGCAGCUCCCCGUUCUGUCUGUGGAAGGACCCGAAGGCAAUGAUCAAUUUCUACCUGGUUUUGUUUUACGUCACCCUCAUCAUGCUCUCCAGACAGAUUGACUAUUACUGCCGCUUGGAUUGCUUGUGGAAGAAGAAGUUCAAAAAGGAACACGAGGAGUUUGAAACUAUGGAGAACGUGAACCGCCUCCUUCUGGAGAACGUCUUGCCAGCCCACGUGGCCGCACACUUCAUUGGUGACAAGUUAAAUGAGGACUGGUACCAUCAGUCCUACGACUGCGUGUGUGUCAUGUUUGCGUCGGUGCCGGACUUCAAAGUCUUCUACACAGAGUGCGACGUCAACAAGGAGGGGUUGGAGUGCCUGCGUCUGCUGAACGAGAUCAUCUCCGACUUCGACGAGCUGCUCCUAAAGCCCAAGUUCAGCAGUGUGGAGAAGAUCAAGACCAUUGGCAGCACGUACAUGGCAGCCGUGGGGCUCAGCGUCCCCUCAGGGUCUGAGAACCAGGACCUGGAACGGCAGCACGCGCACAUCGGCAUCAUGGUGGAGUUCAGCAUCGCCCUGAUGAGCAAGCUGGACGGCAUCAACCGGCACUCCUUCAACUCCUUCCGCCUGCGAGUCGGCAUAAACCACGGGCCUGUGAUCGCUGGAGUGAUCGGGGCACGAAAGCCUCAGUAUGAUAUCUGGGGAAACACGGUCAACGUCGCCAGCCGAAUGGAGAGCACUGGAGAACUUGGCAAGAUCCAGGUUACUGAGGAGACCUGCACCAUCCUCCAGGGACUAGGUUAUUCUUGCGAGUGCCGGGGACUGAUUAACGUCAAAGGCAAAGGCGAGCUGAGGACUUACUUUGUCUGCACAGACACGGCAAAGUUCCAAGGGUUGGGACUGAAUUGAGGGCUUCUGGGAGGUGAACAUGCUGGAAGCGGAUUUUCCGUCCCUGAAGCAAGCCACAGGGAGCACUCGGCCCUAUGCCAGUCACAGAGGCAUUCCAGGGGUUUGGCCAUCACUACCCUGACAAGGUGGCUGUGUGUGGCCUCCUUGGACUUGUGCUAGAGGAUUUCUCGGAACGUGCACCAGACUCCAGCCCGAGGCUACCACCGAGCCUCGCCACGCACAGGCAGCUGGGACAUGCGGAUCCCCUGGGUACUGUGGAGAUCUCAGAGGGGGAGCCAGACACACAACUGGCCAUGGCCUGCCAGCCGCACGGGUGGGACUGGUCUUUUCUAGGUACAGAACCACCACGAGCUGUCCGGGAUGGGUUGGACACGCCUUUCUCCCAGUGGAGCAGCAACAGGGCUGUACGUUUCUCACACAGGCACCCCGGUAAACAGAGCUGAAAAUGCGGUUUUCCAUCUAUGAUUUCACACAGUAGGGAGAGAACAGCACAACAGAGGCUUGUUACUUGUCCUCUCUGGCAGGUGCUUGAUUUAAAUGGGUAUAUGAUUAGUGGAGUUUUACCCUUUCUAAUGACUUCUUAGAUGCCAGACAAAAAUCUCUUCCCUCCAGUGUGUUGUCUUUUUAACCACGUCCGCUGACGGCUUAGCCCUGCUGGGGCUGAGGAACACGGCUGUCACACAGCAAGAAGGCAAGGAGCGGCACAGCCCAGAAAGAAAGGCACGGCCUCUCAGCCCUUCCCUGAGCACCGUGUGUACUUGGAGUGCCCUCCUGCUAUCCUCACAUCUCAGUUCCUGUCCUGGAAAGGAAGGGGGUCUGUGUAGACAGAAGGCAGACACUGUAGUGCUCCCUUUCUCUUUAGUCCUCACAGCUCACUCGUAGAGCUUCAAGACGAAAAGCAUGUCCUCUGCAAGCGUGCAGAAGAGGUUCCCGGAUCUGGGAAGCCAGCCCGCUCAGAGCUGCGGAGACAGACUUGUUCCAAACAGGAGGAAUCAAAUCAAGUGCAAAAAGCCAGGUUUGCGAGAGGUGUCUUAUGGUGCUGCAAGUCUAAGAGAAUCAGAAGUCAGCCUUCACUGCGUUUCAAGGUUGAGGAGGAGCCAAACUGCUUGUUCCUGUUUCUGAAUCAGUUUCACCACUGCAUCCCCAGAGCACACCUGGGGCUCUAACAUGGCUGAAGUUCACUACAGAGCAGGGAUUCCCAGCUGGAGUCCUCCAGGAACCCCCCGCAAGUACAGGAAACCUGGCCCAUGGGAGACUUCAAAGGCUUACCCGGGGUUGCCGCCAAGGGCAGGGAGGACUGGACCUGAAGCCACUGUCCGCUGUCUGCCUGGGACAUGUCCACGGGCUUAUGAGGCUCAGAAGGGGCUUCUCUGGUUCGCAGAGGUGCUGGGGGCGCUAGUGCAGCUCUGAGGCCCGCAUUGUAACCAGCACAGAGGCGAAUGAAGUGUAAGAACUUGCUGGAUAAAGGAAUUUUGUGGCGAAAAUUCUGUUAAGGGGAAUAACCUUAAACUGUUUUAUGCACCGACUUUCCAUAUAAAGGGCUGGUUUCAGGGGGCACUACACUGAAAUGCGUCCACUUAACUCAGCAGUGACCAGGGCUGCUCAACAGGGCUCUCCUGGAGUGUCAGGGAGGUUCUGUCACUGAUGCGAUAUAGACACACACAGCCGUGUUGGGCCUCUCUGAAGUGGACGUAUUUCUACUCUUGCAAUAUUUGAAUUACUUUUCUCUUCCGGCACCAGAAAUCCCAAUUAGGAGUUUAAAAAGUAGUUACCAUAGAUUUUUAUUUCCAGUUCAAGCACUGCGCUCAAAAAUAUUUUGUAAGUUUUUAGUUUUCAUGUGCAGACCCUAGUGCAUAACUGACCAUAAAAAGCACAUAGUUUUGAUUUGCCUGUUUUCUGAUCCCUGAGCCCUUUCUUCACAGGCGCCAUUCUGUCUUAGGACAAGCGUCUUUGCUAACACUGACCUUUUCUAAGGGUCAAGGGCUUGCUUAAAGGUGGCCUCCCUGACUCUAGUGACAAUCGCACCUGAAGUUCUCUGGUUUACUCAUUAAGAAAAUUUCCUAAUAGAGAAGAUCAUUAACCAGCUUCUACACUGUGUAUAUAACAGGUCAACAUACAGAAACAGGUUUUGAGAAGGUGCAAACAACUAGGUAUUACUCUGUAUCCUGAAUAUUUAUAUAUCUGUAACAUUUGUUUCAAAAUGUAUUUUCUUUUCAUAAAGUACCAGUGUUUCUACUUUGUUUAGCAUUUCAUUCAUUAAAUUAGCAAUCUGGAAAACAUGAA